UUCAGUACGACUACAUGUAGACAACAUCAACAGCGUGUAUUUUUGAAUGAACUGUUUGGAUACUCGCUCAUCAUUUACUCUACCAAUUCUCGCAAUUUUUCGUCAUGGCUCAGGUUAUUAAACCUACAAGUCGAGACCAGUUUCACAUAGCCGUCAUAUGCGCUCUGCCACGUGAAGCCGAUGCUGUGACUCUGCUAUUUGAUGAAUUCUGGGACGAGGAAAGCGAUCCAUUCGGACGAGCAGUUGGCGACGUAAACACUUACAUGACUGGCCGUAUCGGAAAACACAAUGUUGUUCUCGCUGUACUCCCAGGCAUGGGCACCAACAACGCGGCCGCGUCUACUGCCAGCCUACGAUCAAGCUACAGCAACCUUAAACUUGCAUUGCUCGUCGGGAUUUGCGGGGGUGUGCCCCGGAUCGACGACGACGACGUUUUUCUUGGCGAUGUUGUAGUAAGCAAGGCCAUUGUCCAGUAUGACUUUGGCCGACAGUACCCGGGAGGCUUCGAGAUUAAGAAUACUAUUGAAGAUAGUCUUGGUAGGGCAAACAAGGACAUUCGCGGGUUGUUGGCAGUUUUUGAAACUGAGCGUAUGAGAGAACGGCUGAUGACCAAAUCGGCGGACUAUCUGAAGCAAUUGCAAGAAGCCGCGAGGAGGAAAAGACGACGAGCAAAAUACCAAAAUCCUGGGGCCAUUCAAAACAAGCUCUUUCUACGGGAUUAUAUCCAUCAGCACCAAUUAGAGUCAUGCGACACAUGCAGUAACGUGGAUAGUUCUGGAGAGAUUUGCGAAUCAGCGUCUAAAGCAUCUUGCGCAGAUUUGGGUUGCGACGAGACUCAGCUUGUCAAAAGAGAAGUCUUCUACCCAGACGAUGGCGGCUUCAAUAUCUUCAUUGGACGGAUUGGCUCAGGCAAUACGGUAAUGAAGAGUGGAAAAGACCGAGACCGGAUUGCCGCGCAGCAUAAGCUCAUUGCAUUCGAGAUGGAGGGCGCAGGGGCUUGGGACGAGGUCCCUUGCUUGAUAGUCAAGGGUGUUUGCGACUAUGCUGAUAGCCAUAAGAAUAAGCAAUGGCAAGACUUUGCGGCUGCCACUGGGGCUUGCGUGAUGAAGGCCAUUUUGGAUCGCUAUGUCGUGGCCGAGGGGGCUCAAGGUUCCGCCUUGACUCAGACGAAUGGCAAAAGUGUGCAGAAUAAUACAAGAAGUAUUUCUGGGAAUACAUUUGGCAACAAUGUAAACAUUAGCCAGGGCGAUAUGACUUGGAACAUGAAGUAAGGCGCUGGUUAUAUUCACGAGCCAUCCACGGUUGGGAUCGACAUUCUAAAAUAAAUAAAAUUUUCCAGAGGAAUCAAUUACCUCUUAUAUUUUGACUCUGUCGGAAUGCCGUUCAUAUAAGGUCUCCUGGUCAUUCCACAUUGCUAUUGGGAAAGCUAGGGCUAUUGAACAUCCUUGCACUAGUCUAGCUGUGAUGGCCGGGAUAUUAUGUCGUGUAGCAUCUUCUUUAUGCAUCCAUCGAUUAUAGCACAACUAAUGAUGCC